CAUAGACACUUUUUGAUUAUUCCCUGAUCUUCCGUUGUUGUCGUUUUUUUCUCCUAGCAACAAUGUGCGAUUUCGAUAUUGCCAGCUUCCGCGAAAGACGAUCCGGCACAAAAAAGAAGAAACGGGCAUCGAACAAACCAUCUACGAGCGGUGAACGUCCACCUAUACGAGACGAUUUCGCUCACUAUAUGAAGAUUCGGAAAACACUUGGAUUGGAUGACUCGGAUUCCGAUUCCAGUUCAAGUUCAAGUUCCUCUUCGGGUACUAGGAAGCGUAAAAAGAAGAGAACCAAGUAUAUGCCUAAGCGAUCGACAUCUUUUGCCUCUGAUCAGGAAACAGAGACAUCAGCAGCUACCCAAUCCACUCCCUCAUCGUCUCAACCUCCUAUACAACAACCCGAAUCUGACAUUCCCAAAUCAACCAUUAUUCUUUCGGACGUGGAAGACGAACCAGAGAAUACCUCCUUAUCCAUAUUGACUCAGACUACCGAAACUCAAGAAACCAAUACCACCAAUACCACCAAUUUAUCGUCCACUUCAACGACUAGUGAACAGACGGUGACUGCCAAGAAACCAUCCAAACCUGUUAUCCCAAUGAUUGAAAUUGACGAUCUUGAUCCAGAACUUGCUUUGAUAGCAGCAUCCUCUUCGUCGCCGCUAGAAUCGCAGGAGUCUAGUAAUACCCCUCAGGAAAAUGCUCCGCAGAAAAUACAGAUCAAAGUCCAGUUCAUAUGUUUAACCGAAUCCACCGAUCAAAAACUUCAAAGCAUUAUUAAUAUGCUCAAAAAACCUAUCAAAAUGAUUGUUAUGGAUAAUCAACCUUUCGAGAUUUUACUAGAUCAUUACUGUAAGAAGAAAUGCUUGACAAAAGACGACGUGAUUCUUGUUCACAAUGAUGUUCCGCUGGUACUGCGAGCGACCCCGGCUAGUCUGGACAUGAAAGCAUCGAAAACAAAUAUAUUGGAGGUAUACACUCGCAAAGAUUACGAAGUUAAAUUAACUCGGGAACAGGAGAAAAAAUCGGAGCUGUUGGAAAAGCUCAAUGACGCAUUUGACGAUACGCUUUUUGGUGCAGAGGAUGAUCCUUCAUCGGCAACAAAGCAAGAAGAGGGCGGGGAGCGAUUCUUUAUCAAACUACGGGGCAAAGAUAAUGUGGACGUGACACUUCGCGUAAAAAAGACAACCACCAUUGCUGCUAUUACAAAGGAAUAUGUACGCAUUCGAGCUCUGGAUCCCGAUUUGUUGCCAAGUAUUCAGCUAUCGUUUGAAGGUGAAGUUCUAUCAUCUGACUUGACGUUACACGAUACCGAUCUCGAAGAUGAAGAUCUGGUCUCGGUCAUGUUCUAAGGAGCCAGGAUACCAUCGGCACGUCUUAAAAGGUCUAUUUGUACAGUAAUAUGAAAAAUAAUAAUAUGGAAAAAAAAAAGGAUCUAUUAGAAUUUGAAUUUUAAGCAAUGAUGGUCAGCUUCCUGAUUUCAAAUUAUCCACGGAUUUGAUAGAGUACGGAAGUUGUAUUGCAGUUUACACUGUUUUUCUUUUUUAAAAAAUCUCAAAAUAAACGAUCCCUUUAUUU